GAUCUCCACAGGGAAGAGAGAACAUCCCCCAGGGACAGAUGUACUUGGAUAAUAAAGAUGACAGUACAAUUUCUAGACAACAAGAGAUGGAUCUGGAUCAAGCGUCUUUACAUCAAACCAGGGUGGCAGCCAAACCAGUGAGCAGAAGUUGCAAUGAGCUGCGGCUAUUAAAAGAAUAUCAUGGCAUGGUAGCGAGUCUUGGAGAGCCACAGGCCCCCUGUGAAAAACCAGCAAUAGGGGAGGAUGGCUGCAUUGCUCUGGGGAAGGAUUUCACUUCUGUCCCCAUGCAGGGAAGGUAUCACUUCAAUUUUUCCAAAUUAUUCAGCUCAAGGUCAAAAACCACUGACUUUACAGAGAAGACACCACUACUGAAGGGUUCCUCAGAGGAAAAUGGGUUGCGGUGCAUGGCUCUUCAUAAUCCAGAUUUUACCACAGAUGAUGAUUCAUGGGACAACAGCUCUGCAGAUUUUGAGCAGAGGUUUCAGCUGGGAAGUGAAAUGACGAGCUUGUCCAGAUCUGUUUCUGAGAAAUAUGAAAUCUUGGACAACCUUCAUGUCAAGUUCAGUUUAUCAAAGAUGAGAUGCUGUCUAAAAUUCCUAAAAGUUUCAGGCCUUUUUAUCUUUGUAGUUGUCUGCUCUAUUUUAUUUGGCAUUUAUCCAGAUCAAGGUGUGUCCUGGCAGAUGUUGGCUGUGUCACCUCUGGAAAGCUUCUCUAUGAAUCUGACUGAUUUUCGUGAUUCUCCUCUGUUGAAAUUAGACAUAGGAGGCCCAUUUGCAGCAGAUGUAGCUGAUCAGCAAGCAGAGGAAUACAUUGUAGUACAAAUCAGCCAGACUGAAGACACUGGAACAAGGAGGAGACGCCAGCAGCAGGUGGUAUACAACUGGUCUCUACCCUUAAGUUCAAGAAGAAAUCAGCAAAUCAUCACGACUAGAACCUUUCAGAUACCAAACAGAGGCGCCGUCUUCAUAAACAUUCAAGCUUUCCUACAGGAGCCUGGAAGCGUACCUCUCUCCAUGAAGCAUCAGUACCUUCAUGCAAACAUAGAGGCACAAGUAACAAUUGCGUCCAUCAUUUUAGUAGGUGUCUACGUGCUGAUCAUAUUGGAAAUUGUUCACAGGACCCUUGCAGCGAUGUUGGGCUCUUUGGCAGCUUUAGCCGCCUUAGCUACUGUUGGGGAGAGGCCAAGUAUGGUCAAAGUGGUGGAGUGGAUUGAUUAUGAGACGCUGGCACUGCUGUUUGGAAUGAUGGUUUUGGUGGCCAUAUUUUCAGAGACUGGAUUCUUUGACUAUUGUGCAGUAAAGGCUUAUCGAUUCUCUAGAGGCAAGGUGUGGGCCAUGAUUACGUUUCUGUGCCUCAUUGCUGCAAUUCUUUCUGCAUUUUUGGAUAACGUUACCACUAUGCUGCUCUUUACUCCAGUAACCAUAAGGCUCUGUGAAGUACUUAAUCUUGAUCCUAGGCAUGUCCUGAUUGCAGAAGUAAUCUUCACAAACAUUGGGGGGGCUGCCACAGCUGUCGGGGAUCCUCCAAAUGUGAUUAUUGUUUCAAAGCAGGAGCUGAGAAAGGAGGGAUUGGAUUUUGCAGCCUUCACAGGGCAUAUGUUUGUUGGCAUUUGCCUUGUUGUUCUGGUCUCCUUUCCUUUUCUCAGACUUCUUUACUGGAACAAAAAACUUUACAAUAAAGAGCCGAGUGAAAUUGUUGAGCUAAAACAUGAGAUCUAUGUUUGGAGACUGACUGCACAGCGCAUUAACCCGGCCAGCAGAGAGGAGACUGCCGUGAAAUGCCUCUUGAUGCAGAAGGUGCUGACUCUGGAGAUGCUCCUGAGGAAGAAGCUGAGGACGUUUCACAGGCAAAUUUCACAAGAAGAUAAAAACUGGGAAACGAAUAUUCAAGAACUCCAGAAAAAACACAGAAUAACAGACAAAAUUCUUCUCAUCAAAUGCCUGACUGUGCUGGGAUGUGUUAUUCUUAUGUUUUUUCUCAACUCAUUUGUUCCAGGCAUCUACCUAGAUCUUGGCUGGAUUGCCAUAUUGGGAGCCAUUUGGCUGCUAGUGCUAGCAGACAUCCAUGAUUUUGAGAUGAUAUUGAACAGAGUUGAGUGGGCAACCCUCCUUUUCUUUGCAGCGUUGUUUGUUCUCAUGGAGGCUUUGGCUCAUCUGCACUUAAUAGACUACAUAGGAGAGCAGACAGCUUUGUUAAUAAAGGUGGUUCCUGAGGACCAGCGCUUGGCAGUGGCCAUCAUUUUAGUGCUCUGGGUGUCUGCUUUGGCCUCCUCUGUGAUCGACAACAUCCCCUUCACGGCUACAAUGAUUCCUGUGCUUCUCAACCUGAAUAAAGAUCCUGAUGUUAACUUGCCUAUGAAACCAUUAAUUUUCUCGUUGGCUAUGGGUGCGUGCCUUGGCGGUAAUGGAACAUUGAUUGGAGCAUCUGCAAAUGUUGUUUGUGCAGGAAUUGCUGAACAGCAUGGUUAUGGCUUCUCUUUCAUGGAGUUUUUCAGGUUAGGUUUCCCUAUGAUGAUUGUGUCCUGUACCAUCGGGAUGUGCUAUCUUCUUGUUGCUCAUGUCGUAGUAGGUUGGAACUCAUAGUAAAUUAUCCUUUCAAGAUUCAAAGAAGCUUUCUUUUUCAUUUAAUUUAUAUAUCAGAACACUAAGCACAUACAUAAAAGGAAAAAGAUGUGUAAAGCCCAAAGGCGUGGUAUCAACCAAAAUGAUU